CCAAGUGUAUUAGUUAUUCUCUAAAGCAACUUUGUUACAAAAUGUGAGAGUUGCUUGGCGUUUAUUCCUAUGUCACAAACAGUUUCAACGUGGAGAGGCCCAUCGUCAGCAGCUCCAACAUUCUGUCCAGGUUCUACACACGGCAACUGCGGAUUCAUCCUGAUCCAGGUUCAGGCACAGUUGCCACAAGACUGGCAGAAAUGUCAGAAAAUAAAUGACAUUGGACACAAGCAUUCGCCAAAGUAGAGUUAAAAUGAAUAUUCACUAAGUACUUCUGUAUACAGGCCCGUUCUUAGCCCCCGCGGGGCCCGAGGCAAAGGGCAUGUGCGGGGCCCUCACGCCACGGCUGACUACACUUCCAUAUGCCUAGUUACCAUAUCAAUCAAAAGCGCGGGGCCCUAGGCAGAUGCCUCGUCCGCCUGCCCCUAAACACGGCCCUGUCUGUAUACUUGAGUCAGUCUGUCCGCCGCCUUCACGUGACCUGCUGUAGCCGCCAUUGUGACUGCAGCUCGUACCAGCUGUUGGAAUACGGGUGGGUGUCUUUGACCGCCAAGCGGGUGGCUGUCAUAUACUCGACACUGCCAUGUCAUAUACCACCGGAGUCAGCAGUCAAUGCUCUUUCACCCUCACUGAAGGAACCACGUGGUAUUGUCCAUGUGGUCUGAGCUACGUCAUUUCAAAGUUGACAAAUAGUUUGAACCUUUUAUUGUGCUGUAGAACUUACAUUUCUUUUUAAAAUACACAGGCAUGUCCGUCAAUCUUCACUGAUUUAAUUCAAUAUGUAGACUUCAGUAUAUCCACGAUAAUGCUUGUGAACGCGAGCACAAAUACCGACACAACCAUCACAACCCGGCCUACCGACUGUCGUGACGUGUUUCCUCACAACAUUCUCCCCGUCACACAAAAAGAAGAUAAAGAAAGCAGAGACUUUAGGCCCUCUUGUCACACUCAGCAACAUUUUCGCUAACCGUGUGACUAGAAAUGAAAACUGGUGCUUGUACUGUUUAUAAUUAUUGUCUGACAUACAAUUUGAUCACAAACUGAUCUUUUCUUGCGAUUACUAAAUGUAGAACUUUUGACAAAAAAGGUAAAAAAAAAAAAAAAAAAACAACAACAUAAUUUGUGCAUUUUGUGGCAGAAAAAGGGAGUGUUCUGCUCAUUGCAGAUUUCUUUACGUUUCUGAACUCAGUAGAACAGGUGUACAAAACCCUAAAUGUGCCUGUUGAUCCGUUACAAUUCGUUGGAUGACGUGAAACCCUAUUGAACUGUCACCUAGACAGGUCCCACUGUGCUGACAGUUCAUCCAACCGUCACCCCAGACAGGCCUCAGUGUAGCGGUAUUCUUACUUUCGACCUGUUAAGUAGUUGCUAGGGUAAGCAAGGCAGCGCUAUAGAUCCGCCAUUACACUUACUCGUAGGCUACCAGUGCGCACGCGCGCACACACACACACACGGCCUCGUGGUCUGGGGACGGUGCGAUAUGGAGCUGGUCGGUGGGUCGGUGGGUCGGUGGUGUCGGCCUCUUGUGAAAUACCGCGCACGCUGUGACGUCAUCAACUGGUUCUGGGACUGACAGGCUGCCACCCGGGCCAGUCGUGUAACGGGUAUCGACCAGGUACGUGACGGCAUGUUUUCUGCGACUUGAGGGAAGAGCGCCUGACGGGUAGCUAUGUUCACCUGAAGCAGCACCUGUGGCGAGGGUCCAUGUUGGCUACAGCUUCUGUACUCUGGGACGAUGACACGCCUCACCUCACCUCAGGUCCCAGCUACAGCGAGCUACACCUUCAGAUCCUCACCAAAUCCUCGCCAAACGUGACAGGAAUUUUCCUGUCGUCUGCAUGAAGGCUUCUGGCCAUGCACAGGUCACCUGUGUCCACAGAGAUGCCGAAUUAACGUCACACCGUCCCAAGUCACGUGCCCACAUCACCAUCGUUACAAGACGUCACGUCAAGACCAUGAGGGAAAGUCCUCAGAACCAAUCAAUCAGCUGGGAUCUUUAUGAGGAUCUUCAUUGAGAAAAUGAGCUGUGCUAUGUGUCAAGGCCAGUGUCGAGGACAUCUUGAGGUCAUAGGUGGCUGCAGUGAUGCAGAAAUAGCGAAAGAAGGAAGACAUUGGAACUUAACCCAACACGAAGGCCGCCAACACUUUGAGCGAGACCUUGCUACCACCCGCCAGUUGUCACCAGAGGGCAGUCCGGACUCCGUGCCUCGCUCGCCCAGUUUAGCACUGGCGGGGGGCAGGAAGCGGAAGCUGGUGUUGCACUUUGAUCUUCGCAACACGCUGCUUGUUGCUGACUCGAUUACCAACGUGUCGGUAGAGCAGGCACUCAAUUCCUUCCUGACGGGCGCCACCUGGGGGCAGGAAGUGGAGGGACGGUGGGAGUGGUAUAGCGACCAGCCGUCCCUCAAGCCCCCUGCACCCGGCCUACUGACCUACUACAAGUACCUAGAGCGCCACCUGGUGCGCACGCCCUCGGACCGCACGGCGCUGCGCCUGGCCACGGGGGACUUUACACUUACCCCCCUUGGCGCCCCCUUUCGCUCCCACUUCCUGCGUCACCUGCAGCGCCUGCAGUGGCAGCACCCGCAGUGGGGGACUGGGGUGGAUCAGCAGCACCCGCUGACCAUGUCUGGCAGUGACGGGCGGCGCUACCACUACAUUCUAGAAGCAGUGUACCGCCUGCUGCACCAUCUCUACGACACUAACCGCCAGGUGGCGCUGGUGAUCAGGACCUACGGACUGGACGCCGCCAACGUUCUGGCCUCUCUUCAGCAUGGGCUGAAGGGAAACCACCCUGGUUUCCCCAAACCCAUCCCUCUACCCAUUUGUCGAACACCAGGUGUGAUUCAAAGACCCAAAAGCGACGCCAUCAUCCUGAAGGCCUUCCGCCAGGAUUCCCCCACAGACCUACAGGUGUACCUGACGCACGAGCGGGACAUCUAUCGUUACCUGUCUAAUUCUCAGGGCGUUGUUGGAUACAUGGAUGACUUCCGGUACUGGCAGGCGCACAACUACAACCACCAUGCCGGCAAACCCCUGUGGAUAGACACCAGCGACCUGCACCACCACCACAUGUUCUUUGACGAUAACUUUCGAGCUUUAGAUGAGGAUAGCAUUGUGGACGUGCGUGUAUUUAGUCAAGAGGAGACUACUCAUGCUUACAGCUUGGGCAAACAGCAGCUGUCGCGAUUGGAAGAUGUAUGUGUGGUGCAAGCAGACUUACUGCAUAGCAUCGACGACAAGGACUACUUCCUGCGAAAAGUGGAACUUUGCGAGCACAACUACUCACGCAUGCUCAAAAUGAAUGCCUUCCCUAUGUGACAUUUGGCGCCAUCUAGUAGAGAUAGAUUUCAUCUCUUGCAAGAGAGCCCCCCUUCUCGUCAACCCUCUGGCACAUGCCAAAUGCUUGAUUCAUUUACGAUCAGGGUUCUUGUUCCCUGCCAACCACUGAUAAAAGAGAGGAAGACUUGUCACCAGCAGUUGUCUGUCAUUGUCAUUCAGCAUGGUGCACCAGUAGCUAUCAUGCCAACACACACCCAACAUUGUCACACGUGACCUCCCAGUAGCUGUCACCAACUCACACGCAACAUUGUCAUACAGCAUGACAUACCACUAGCUAUCAUGCCAGCACACAUCCUGACAUAAUCUCAUACAUAGCGCGGUCUACCAGGGUAAACAACUUGCUUCAUGAGGCCUCAACAAGAACUUUGUAAACUAGUGACUUCUGCACUGGCAAGAGAUGUCGAUUUGUUGGUAAUAUAGUUCUAAAUGGUUUGUAUGAAAUAAACUUAUAUGCGAGGGAGUGGAGGAGGGGAAAGAAAUAUUUUCAACUUCAUAAGCCACUGUAGCAAAAUGCCCUUUUUCACUGGAUAUAAUAUGCAACAAAAUUUGCACAUGAUUUUUCAAUUGGAUGAACACUUAGUUUUAUCACCGCAGUAAGCAAACUAUCACUGUAGUCAGAAAUUGUUAACACACCUGUCUGUGCAAAAAAUAUCUAAAAUUUGCUUGUCAAGGAGAAACUCACUUGUCACUUUUUGCCCUGAUGAGGUGAAGAGUUAAACUGUCACCAAGUCUGAGCAACAGUUAUCACAGAUGCAACAAUAAAAUUAUAUUCUUUGUC